AAACCGCUCACAGCUCUAACACCUGAAACCAUGAAGGUUGUUUCUGCUCUGCUUCUCUGCGCUCUCUGUUUCCUGGGCCUGGAUGCCCAGUGCCCAGAACCAAACACCCUGAAAGAUGCCGAGGGCAAGAAGAUCUGCGCUCGCAUGUUCGAAGAUAGCAACUACUACUACGAACAAAGCUGUGGGGGAGAGUACAUUGAUGCCUACCCCAAUGAUGACGUCCCAAUCAUUCCGUGGCGCUGGAACAAUCGCAUUUCUUCUCUGGUGGUGAACAAGAUGUGCUCCCUGACGGUGUGGUCUCGCGUCAAGAAGAAUGGAAGCAAGAGAAAGUUUUCCUCUGGCAUCGUCUACCGCCUCAAAGACGUGCAGCAGGGCCUGCUCGGAAGCUGGGAAAACGACAUCUCUGCAUACUACUGCGUGUGCUAGAUGUUGCUGAAACAAGCAGAGAAGGAGAGACUGAAAAUCUGGUGAUCUGAAUGAAUCAGAUAAAUUAAUUGCACAAUCUAUCAAAUGUAAAUGUGCAGACUUAAAUGUUUUUAACAUUGAAUAAAACAUCAAAUUCA